GCCAAGAUGGCGGACGAGGAGGGCGAAGUGCGGCCGGGGGCGCGGAACGGGGCCGGGGAGGGACCCCCGGGCGGGCCCCGCGUCGUCCGCAUCGUCAAGUCCGAGUCGGGUUACGGCUUUAACGUCCGCGGACAAGUGAGCGAAGGCGGGCAGCUGCGCAGCAUCAACGGCGAGCUGUACGCGCCGCUGCAGCACGUCAGCGCCGUGCUGGGCGGAGGGGCCGCCGACCGCGCCGGGGUGCGCAAGGGGGACCGCAUCCUGGAGGUGAACGGGGUGAACGUGGAGGGAGCCACGCACAAGCAGGUGGUGGAUCUGAUCCGCGCCGGCGAGAAGGAGCUGGUGCUCACGGUGCUGUCGGUGCCGCCGCACGAGGCCGAGAGCCUGGAGCCGCCCGAGGAGCCGCUGGGGCCGCCCUUCUACGACUACAGCGAGAAGCAGGCGGUGCCCAUCUCCAUCCCCACCUACAAACACGUGGAGCAGAGCGGGGAGAAGUUCGUGGUGUACAACGUUUACAUGGCCGGGAGGCAGCUGUGCUCCAAGCGCUACCGGGAAUUCGCCAUCCUGCACCAGAACCUGAAGCGCGAAUUCGCCAACUUCACCUUCCCACGCCUGCCCGGCAAGUGGCCGUUCUCGCUGUCCGAGCAGCAGCUGGACGCCCGCAGGAGGGGCCUGGAGGAGUACCUGGAGAAGGUGUGCUCCAUCCGGGUCAUCGGCGAGAGCGACAUCAUGCAGGAAUUCCUGUCGGAGUCGGACGAGAAUUACAACGGCGUCUCCGACGUGGAGCUGCGGGUGGCGCUCCCGGACGUCACCACGGUGACAGUGAGGGUGAAGAAGAACAGCACCACGGACCAGGUGUACCAGGCGGUGGCUGCCAAGGUGGGCAUGGACAGCGUCACCGCCAACUACUUCGCCCUCUUCGAGGUCAUCAACCACUCCUUCGUGCGGAAGUUGGCUCCCAACGAGUUCCCCCACAAGCUCUACGUGCAGAACUACACCUCGGCCGUGCCGGGGACGUGCCUGACGCUGCGCAAGUGGCUCUUCACCACCGAGGAGGAGGCGCUGCUCAACGACAACGACCUGGCCGUCGCCUACUUCUUCCACCAGGCCGUUGAUGAUGUCAAGAAAGGCUACAUCAAAGCCGAGGAGAAAUCCUACCAGCUGCAGAAGCUCUGUGAGCAGAGGAAGAUGGUCAUGUACCUGAACAUGCUGCGGACGUGCGAGGGCUACAACGAGAUCACCUUCCCUCACUGCUCGUGCGACUCGCGGCGCAAGGGCCACGUCAUCUCUGCCAUCAGCAUCCGCCACUUCAAGCUGCACGCCUGCACCGAGGAGGGCCAGCUCGAGAACCAGGUGAUCGCCUUCGAGUGGGAGGAGAUGCAGCGCUGGGACACGGACGAGGAGGGCAUGGCCUUCUGCUUCGAGUACGCGCGCGCCGAGAAGAAACCGCGCUGGGUCAAGAUCUUCACCCCCUACUUCAAUUACAUGCACGAGUGCUUCGAGCGAGUGUUCUGCGAGCUCAAGUGGAGGAAGGAGAACCUUUUCCAGCUGGUCAGGUCACAGCAAAGGGACGCGGCCACUUAACCCCGGCAGCUUUUCCAGAACCCCCAAAAUUCCCUUAUUGUAUUAAAGCCCCCCCCAAAACUAAAUCUCAUUAAUUCCAAAUCCAUUCGUGCCCGUCAUCUCUGUGGAAUUCCAGAGGGAAAAAAAAAAAAAACCACAAAAAAAAUUGGGAAAAGCCACCUGAGGGGGCUCCACUUUCCCACUCAGAUCCAGCUCCAGGCUGGGAAUUUUGGGAUUUUUCUUUUUUUCUUUUUUUUUUUUUAAACUGGAAUUAAGAAUUUGUUGUUUCUGCUGGGUCAGACGUGGAAAAAUAGGGGAAAAAAAAAAGCAGGAAAAAGCCCUGGAAUGUUCUAUUCCUGUUUUAGCAUCCAGGGGAAUAAUUCCUUUAGAAUAAUUCCUUUAAAAUCCCACAGGGUGGCAGCAGCUCUUAUUUAAAGGGAUUUUCUGCCUCUUUCUCCUCCCAAUCCAGUUUUUAAUCACUACAGAUUAAAAAAAAAAAAAAAAAAAAAACAAACCAGGAAAAACAUCCAAAAGGAGUAAAAUUCCAAGGAAAUUCCAGUCCUGGCACAAGGAUCCCGCUCAUGGAUUUGUUUUCCUGCUUUUUGGGGUGUUUUCCCAGGGAUUUGGGGGUGCCUGGUUCUUUGGGAUGGGAUCUGGGACAUUCCAGGAUCCAAGGAGGAAAAAUAACCUGGAAAAGCCAAUUUUCCUUAUUUUUGAUGGGAUUUUUCCCUGCUUCCAGUGGCUGGGCAGCUCCCAGGAGGGAAAAAUAACCUCAAAAAGCCAUUUUUUCCCCUGUUUUUGAGCACUUUUUAUCCAUGACUUGGGUGUCCAAGCAGGAAAAAUAACUUGGAAAAAAACCAUUUUUCACUCAUUUUGAGCUGGAUUUUUUUUCCAUAGUUCUGGAGGAAAAGGUGGAAAAUUCAUUUUCCCUGGUUUUGAACAGGAUUUUUUCCACAGAUCUAGUGGCUGGGAUGUUCCAGGAGGGAAAAAAUGAGCUGGAAAAGCAUUUUUUUCCUUUUUUUCCAUGUCUUGAGUGAAUGAGCAGCAGCCAGAGGGAAAAACCCUCUGGAAAAGAUAAUUUCCUAAAUUUGGAGUGGGAUUUUCCCAUCUUUUGAGAGGAAAAAUAAGGUGGAAAAGCCACUUUCCCUUGGAUUUGAGCAGGUUUUAUCCACAGGGAAAAAUCACCUGGAAAAGCCAUUUUUCCUGGAUUUGAGUGCAAUUUUUCCAUGUUUUGGGAGGAAAAAUCAGGUGGAAAAUUCAUUUUUCCUUGGUUUUUGAGCGGGAUUUUUCCGUGGAUCCGGCAGCUGAGGAAUUCCUAGAAGGAAAAAUUAUGGAAAAGCUGUUUUUUCCUUGUUUUUGAGUGAGUUUUUCCAUGUUUUGGGAGGGAAAAAAAUCACCUGGAGAAGCUGAUUUUGCCUGGUUUUGGGCUGGCCUGGAGCUGGUCCCACCAAGGUUUGGGGUGAAUUUGGGAAUAUUUGGAACCAAACCCAGCAGGAUUGCUCCAAAUUGGGAUUUUCCCCAAAAUUCCCUUUUUGGCAAGGGGUUUUCCCCACUCCUCCCCCUGGAGCCAGGAUGGGGGAAAAUAUUUUUUCUUUUUUGAGGGGGGAAAAUCCCAAAUCCUCGGCUCUGGAGCAGCCGAGAGCCGGGAAUUAAUUCCAUUAAUUGGAUCCCUGUAAUUAAUUGGAUUUCCGUUGUCCUCGGGAGCCCCGAGCUGUGGAAAACCCAGGAAUGGGGGAGGGAAACUGGGAGAGGUUUGGGAUCCCCAAAAUCCCCCCUAAAAUCUCCUUCAGCACCCCCAGUUUGGGUAAAAUCCCAGGAAAAAAAUGAAUUUUGAUCCCAAUUUUCCCUCUAGCCCCAAAUUUUAACGGAUCAAGGAGAAUUCAACCGUCUUCCUGUGGAUUUUUUUUAAUCCAAAAAGCAAAAAAAUAAACCCAAAAAAGGGGAGAAAUCGGUCAAAAAAAUACGAAAUGAAAACCCUGCCCCUUUCUUGUCCCAUUUUCCCUCUUCCAGCUGCUCCCAUUCCUCGGGUUCCCAGUCGGGAAAAGCCCCUUUAGUGUAAUUAAUUGUAACAUAUUCUUUUAAAUAAAUUGAUUUAUUGAGGAAA